AUGGCGCCGGCCGCGAAGCGCCCCUCGGGCUUCGACAACGACCCAAGGAACCCGUGCCUGAAGAGCGAGGACGCCAAGGUCCCGUUCGCAGAGCUCCUUGAGCAGAUCUCGAAGUCCAAGGUGGAGCACGCUCCCGAGCCACAGGCCCGGUACAGGCCGCCGAAGCCCUGCUGGCAGGAGCCCAACGAGGGCUUCCGAGUGGGCCCCUCCACCGGGCGCACCUUCGACGCCGCCCCCGGUUUCCUCAAGCCGAAGCAGUUCAACGCGUGGGACACGGAGCGCAUCCUGGCGCCGACGCGGACGUAUCCAGUGAGGGGGUCUGCCGGCGAGAUGUACGACAACGCCCGUGACGGCUUACCUCCUUGGCGGCCCACAAAAUGGGGGCACCAGACUGGCGAGUCCUUCCCGCUGGACAGCGCGCCACCCCUCCCGGCGCAGAAGGGCGGCAAGGCACCACGAAGCUCGACGGCCACGCCGUCGAAAGCUUCAGCUGCCACAGCAUUGGGAGAGGACGGCGGCGCUGCUGCGCCAAAGCCCUGGGAGAAGCAGCGUCCUGUGUCCGCUCAGGCCGGAGCAACUGUGACACCAAGAAGGACACCCCGCGCCGCAAGCAUGGGCCGCCCAGCCAGCCAGGGCUGCAGCCGAGCGGCCACCAAGGGUGCCCCAGCACCAGCGCCAGCGGCUGCAGCGCCAGUUGCUGCCAGGACCCGCGAGCAGUGCCCAGGCCGCGCAAACAGCGCCCGUGCCGCAGCCCCAGGCCGCGGUGGUCCGUCGGCCCCUGGCGCGGCGCCCGGGUUCCCGCCUAGGCCGAAGCCUGGUCUGCGGCGGCCCUGGUGA